AUGUCAUUCUCGUUUCCGUACCAUUUUGUAUUUCCCUCCGAGGAAGAGAAAGUCCACCGCCGUGAGCUUAUUGAUCUGAGGGGCUCAUACGCCCAAUGGUCGGUUAUUGUGGUCAUAGUCGCACUGCGGGCUAUUCAAAGCUGGAAUAUUGCAAUUGCCCAAGCAAGCGGCACAUCUCAACCACAUCGAAGGCCGAUCUCAUGGUGGGAUCGUCCGCCCAUUCCUGGGUGGCUUGAAACCCGGCGACAACACCUGGUAUGCGGGCUUUGGUUACUAUGGCUAGUUAGUCUUUCGAUCUGGAACAGCGGAGAUGACUAUCUUCACUUGACCAAGGCAUUGGGCCAUGUUGGCCUUUCUCAAAUUCCGCUUCAGGUUCUCAUGUCACCUGCAGCAUACAUUACCUCUAAGCCAUCUGCAUCAUCAGUUCUCUCGUUCGUGACAUCCAUUCCACAGGGAACUUUGACCCCGUACCAUCGCCUCUUUGGCCGUUUGGUCAUAUCGCCUCUGCUUUUUAGUCACGCUACGCUCUACCUCCUAUUUUUUGUGCAAUCUGAGCAUCCGGAGUUUGGAAUUCUUCUUGCCAAGCGUGUUCAGGACCUCGAUGUACAGUGUGGUCUAGUCGCUUUAUCCGCUGCUAUUGCCCUUCUACUUUUUGCUCGGCCACGUGGUGUCACGCAAAAGGGCGAUUCUCGAGUUCGAGCUGCGGGAUCUAUGCAGAAUCGGAAACGGUCUUUCUAUUUCGUUCAUGUUUCGUUGGUAGUUGUUUUGUGUUUUGCUGCUUACUUCCAUGUCCACCAGGCCAGGUUUUAUAUGGUCCAGACUCUGGGGGCGUCUGUUCUUAAUAGCCUGUGUUCGUUAGCUAUGGUUCGAUUUGAGGGCCUAUAG